AUGCGCUUCUUUAUCCUUGUGGCUUUAUCUGCUUUAGCCUCCUCCGUACGCGCUUCUACAAGCAAGUGCUAUUGUGUUGACUAUUCUACCUACUCUGGCAACUAUUGCGUGAACUCUAAAACUGCUGCCGCAUCCGCUUAUUAUUUCCAACAUUAUGUUGAAACUGGAGAAGCGACUAUGGGUAGCGGAGGAACUUCAGGUAUGACUUUUUCCUAUGUGCUCUCAAAUAGUGUAUCAUCACGAUUUAUCAAGAGUCCUGUUCUAGGUGGCUGUACUUACGUUCCUGUAAGCAACGUCGGUUAUUUCAGAACCGCAUGCAAAGCUAGAUCAGCUGUCACGGCUGACUGCCUCUGA